AAUCCAUUUCUCUUCUGGUUGCAAGAGGCGCUCGGACUCUCCUGCAAGCACUAGGCGGUAGCGGAUCUGGUUGACUUCUCCAAUGCUUCUCCGAUAGCCUUUCUCGCCGUCGGCAUAUGAUAUGAUUACUAUCUAUUGCUCUGUAUCUAUCGUUGAAUCACUUUUUUGUUUUUUGUUUCAGAGGAGUCUAAGAAGAAGAACAAAUCUCGGGGAGAGAAGACUGUGAUUGGAAUGCCGGUCCAAAUAUUGCUUCACUAAACCACCAGGAAAACUCUAGCACUGUUGCUUUCUUCAUUUUCUGAACGUGCAAAUUGAGUUUUCUAUUUACGAAGUAGUGUUUGUUUUGCUUGCAUAUCAGUUGAUGUCAAAAUCGGAUUAUAAUUUAGAAGUCAGCACUUUUGUUGUUUUUCUUUUCGUGUGCAAAUCGUUUGUUUUGACAUAUGAAAACUCUAGCGUUUGGAAAUGUUUAUUGUUUUUUUGUAUAUUUUUUUUUUCUGGAAAUGGAUCCUAUAUACGUGGAGCUCGUAUGGAUAGUGUCUGCCUGAAAUCAAAGCUAAUUACAAAGGUAAUCUAAGUUUGUGUUGAAAGGAGAUGCCAAACGGUGCUUGCUUUAUAGUGUGUGUGUUUCAUGUUUCUAAAAGUGGUUAUAUAGAAGAUGAUGUACAUAUAUAUGGAGGUCAGGAGGUGGUCUAUGGCACAUGCCCGCAAUUUAUCUAUUGCCUGAAGGAUAGUUAUAUAACAAAGGAAAGACGGAUCUCAGACAAAUGUUGGCUUGUUCGAAUCUAGGUGCCUAUUACUAGGAUGCCAACUUUGGCAAUACGCUUGCUAGGUACAUAUGUUGGCAUCAACAUAUGGUUGUUUCUUUUACAUUUUGUUGAUAAGUUUCUCUUAAUGCAUAGACAUAUGGUUGUUUUUUUUAUAUUUUGGCUCCAUGCUCACUUCUAUGGUUCAUGACUUGUCUAAAAUGUCUUCUCUUUGAUUUAAAUUAUAUGGACCUCUUAUCUUAUAUAGAAACCCUAUGACAGCAUAAGGGGAUUGCUAAAUGCAGUUUUUUUUGCAAUCAUUACCUUUUGAUGCUGCUUCCAACCAUCCAACAUAUUUGUGCCAAAAUAUUGUGCUUGCAAAAUGGAAUUUUCAUCUGGUCACUAUAACCUUUUAUAUACGGAGUAUACAUUUUUCUCUCUUGGUUUCAUAUACGAAGGUGACUGUGCUCUUUUCUGGUUUGACAGGGGAGUUAAUGGUGUACAAUAUCUUCUUUCUUCCAUUUUUUGCUACACUCGUGAAGUUAGCUUUUUUUUUGCCUCAUGGGGUAUGAUUCAUAAAAGUUAAUAAUUAAGAUUUGUGAAUCAUACCCCAUAGCUUUUUUUCCCAGAAUUUCAAUUCCUGAAGCAUAUAACAUUGAAAUCCCAUGGAGGUUCUGUCGAAUAUAUGGACUCCACACAAGUGAUCGUGUUGGCAUGCUGAUUCCCGAGGCCAAAAACAAGUAGAUUUAAGGGCCAUUUAUGUUGCAAUAGACAAGUCGGGCAAAUGCUCAUCAAAGUGCUCAACUUGUUGCCUGUGUUACUUGAGCCAGGGGUAUUUUUGAAAGAGCUUCUCUACUUUCGAGUAGGGAUAAGUAGCGAUCAAAGCGGUCGUGAUCAAAGAGAAAAACGACAAUCACCUACAGCCGAAAAGCGUAGAUGGGUGAUGAGGAGCACCUCGUGAAGAACAACUCAAUGUCGCUCAAAUGCCCGAUGUUGACUUCUGUCAACUACACCAUCCAGGCAAUGAGAAUCCAGGCAAUCUUCAACUUUCAUGGUGUAUGGGAUGCCAUUGAACCGGGGACGGAGGUGGGCGCCAAGAAAAACAACAUGGCAGUUUCCCUUUUGCUCGAAUCCAUUGUCGAAUAGCAUAUCUUGCAAGUGUGCAA